UUAAGAAUAUGACAGAAGAAAAAAAAGAACUCUUAUUGGUACAUGAAGUUCACUUUCCAUCUAUUUUAGAAAACAAAAAACAUCAGAGUAGAAGCAAUAAAACUGAUCAACCAUGGAGUUUAGACCCACUCUUUCCAUCUUACUUCAUGCACUUCUUCUGUUCCAGUUUGUGAGUGAAAGCAGAGCCAGAGACAUUGCAAAAACUUCCUCAAAAGAAACUCUAAAUCCACAACUCAAUAUUUUCUUCACUCCAAAAGAUUUAAAAAUUGGAAAAAUGAUGCCUCUGUUUUUUGCACUAAAAGACCCUUCAACUUCUCCUCAUUUACUUCCUAGAGAAGAAGCAAAUUCGAUUCCAUUUUCUUCAUCAAAUCUUACUUAUCUUCUUAAAUUUUUCACAUUUUCUAAAGAUUCACCUCAAGCAAAAGCUAUGGAAGACACAUUUUUCCACUGCGAAAUCUCAGCAAUGAAUGGUGAAUCCAAAUUCUGCGCUACUUCAUUAGAAUCAAUGCUCGAUUUUGUUCAAGAAAUUUUAGGAUUCAACACCAAACUCGAUGUAUACACUACAGAAUUCUUGAAGAAAUCCCCUGUUACUUUACAAAAUUACACAAUUUUGCAAAAACCAAAGGAGAUUUUAGUGCCAAAAUUAGUUGCUUGUCAUACUUUACCUUACCCUUAUGCUGUUUUCUAUUGCCAUAUGCAAAAAGGGGAAAAUAAAUUAUUCAAGAUUUCACUUUUGGGUGAAAAUGGAGAUAGAAUUGAAGCUGCUGCAAUUUGUCAUAUGGAUACUAAAGAAUGGAAUCAUGAUCAUGUUGCUUUUAGAGUGUUGAAAGUUCUGCCUGGAAGUUCCCCAGUUUGUCAUUUUUUCCCUGUAGAUAAUCUUGUUUGGGUUCCAUCAUUAUCUAUGUAAAUUUCUUCCUAUGUAAUGGCUAAUAUUUUGUUAUGUUGCUCGGACUUUUUAAAAUCUUGUUUGGAUCGUAUUAGAUUUUUUAAAAAUAAUGUAUUUUUAGAGGAUCACACGUUUGUGCCGUGCGAGGCAAUAUUUGUAAAGAAAUCAAGCAACAUAAGUGGAUUGUGGUGCUCUUGUUUAAAUUCAAUGAUACCUUAAUACAUUUGCAUAA